GGACAAGAUGGCGGCAGCGGGGGGCGGGCGGUACUUCUGCACGGCGGGCCGCGGGCUGGAGCCGUUCCUAGAGCGGGAGGUGCGGGCAAGGCUCGGCGCCACGGAGGUGGACUGCAUCUCGGGAAAGGUGUUCUUCAGCACAGAGGCGGACCCGGGCGAGCUGAGGAAGCUCAAGUCUGGAGAGCGGCUGUUCUUGCUGCUCAAGAAGCACCCAGCGCUUACGGUUGUUAGAAAUAAAGGGAAAAUGCUGCAUGACAUUAAAAGCCUUUUCAUUGAAGAGCCAAAGUAUUGGUGGGACGUUAUCUCUAUUUGGAGAAACCUUCAUGGGUGUGAGGGUAAAAAAGAUGAUGUCUUUCAAGAAAAUCCAUUGCCUCUCAAGAGAAAAUCAGAAGAGACAGAUACUGCAACUAAAAGGCAGAGGACAGAACAAGUGAGACAGACUGUGUCUGAGGAACAUCAGCCAGAAGCUGGAGAGAGGUGUGUGAUACCAGAGGACUGCCAGACUGAAAGCGAGACUUCCUUAGAAGACUCUUCCAAAAGCAGUGGAAAGAAAGCUAUUGCAAAUGAGCAGCUUAACUUCAGUUUCAGAGUUUCUUGCCGUUGUAGUGGAGCAGUUGCCAAAGUACUUACGUCACAGGAGAUUGGAAGAGCUGUUGGUGUGACGCUAAUGAAGCAGUGUGGCUGGCAAGCUGAUCUGCGGGACCCUGAUGUAGAGAUCUUCCUACAUCUUAAUGAUGUUCACUCUGUGGUGGGGAUUCCUCUUUUCAGGCUUCCUUUGGCAAACAGAGAGUACAUCAAGACGCCAGGACUGCGGUCAACAAUUGCAUGGGCCAUGGCAUCUCUGGCUGAAAUCAGUGCUGGUGCCUUUGUGCUGGAUCCCAUGUGUGGGCUGGGAACGAUACUGCUGGAAGCUGCCAAAGAGUGGCCUGAAGCCUGUUACUGGGGUGCUGAUAUAAGUGAUUCACAGUUAGAGGGUGCAGAUGUGAAUAUUAGGACUGCAGGCCUGAUGGAUAAGAUUGAAUUACUUAAAGCUUCUGUGAAAGCGUUACCAUUGCCUUCAGAAAGCUUCGACGCUGUGAUUUCAGAUAUUCCAUUUGGGAAGAAGUUCAAGAUCACAAAAGACAUACAGAUCCUACCAGAUAUUCUCCAGGAAAUGGAGAGGCUACUUCGUGUUGGAGGGACUGUUGUAUUGCUGCUGAGCCGUGAUCUCCACAAGCGCAUGGAUGACAUUACCAAGUGUAUUGAACACAACUCCCCUGGCGCCAUUUCUGAUGGUACAAGUGAAACCACCACUGCAGAAGACCUGCAUGCUGAUGGAAAUUCUUCCUCCUUGGUGAAUGGUGUUGAAGAAUCCUUUCUGAAUAGUAGACAGACAUGUUUUGGAUCUCUGGUUCUAGAUGGUGUCUAUGCUGUUAGUCUUGGAAAGACAGAUGCUUUUGUACACAAAUAUAAGAAGAUUUCUACUGCUGGGAAUCAGUAGCUUUCUUGCACUGUGCCUAAGUGAACUUGAGCCCUUGUACACUUGAAAAGCAGCACGGCAGUGAUCUGCUGGAACCCUGCUAAUCCAAACAAACCCUUGUGUUUGUUAGCUCACCUCACUUCCUUUGAAUGU